GGUUCUCCUACGCCAGCUCCAUGAUGUGCAGAUCACUCACAUCUACCGUGAAGCUAACUCGGUUGCAGACUGCUUAGCCAAAAUGGGCACUAGAUUAAAUAAUCCCUUUGCUGUUUUUGAACAUUGUAAUAUGAAUGUUGCUUUUUUUUUGGUUUCCCAUCCGGUAUCCGGGGCUUUGCCCCGACUACUCCGGACUCGACCAGCUGUGGCGCACCAGAAUGGUGGGUGGGUCUCCCAACGAAAGCUGCUGCGUAUACAAGGUUUCGAACUCAAGACCUUGUUUAAGCUGAAACAAACCGCUUGUCACUUGAUCCAACCCCUCGUUGGUGUAAUAUGAAUGUUGCUAUGUUGUUGCUCUCUGACACUAUUGGGAACUCAGUUCCCAGGGAUGUAACUAUUAUCUAAUCUAUAUAUUCUCGUUUUCUACCAUAUAUAUAUAUAUAUAUAUAUAACUUGUUAUUUGUCUUUGUCUUAAUUUUUUGAUCCAAAUUAAGUUGUGUGUGUUCA